GGAAAGGACAAAAAUAGGACGUGGAACGAAGAAGAAGAAGAAGAAGAAGAAGAAGAAGAAUGCACCUUCAGUCACUUCGUUCAGCUACAUAUAAAGGAAGACGAAUGCCACUCGCGUCGUCACAAUCCCUCUCUCAGUCGUCAUGAAGGUUCUGGUGACUUUUCUCGCAGCAUUAACAGCUGCUGCAGAAUGCAGCCUACUUCCGACGUACAGCCUACCUGCUCCAGGCCCUACGCCAAUUCACGACGGAGGGGGACAUAACAUCGGUGCCUCGUGCCCCCACGGGCAGAUCCAUCAUGACGGAAGAUGCGUCACCCCCGAAGUUAUCCGGAACGUUUACGUCUACAACGUCCCCCACAUCCCACAGCCCCCGGGUCCAACACCCCACGUCCCUCCCCCCAAGGUCGAGCACAACAUAGUCUUCGUGCGUCUGCCAGAGGAACAAGGAGAGGCGGAGCCUAUCGUGGUUCCUCCUCCCCAGCAGAAGAACGUCGUCUACGUCCUGAAGAAGGAAUCCGUCAACAACGGACCUGACCUCAUCCACGUACCGGCUCCUCCCAAGAGUAACCCGGAGGUGUACUUCGUGAAUAUAGGCCAGGGAGAGAACCCUCUUCUCCCGACGGGGGAGGACCUCCAGAGUGCUUUGGCCAACAGCGCCGGGGAACUCACCGCCCAAGUUCUGGGGGGAGGAGGUUCGUCCGGGUCCCACGGACAUGCGAUCGGUACUAUCGAUGGGAGUCCUCUGGACACGCCCUCCGUCCUGUACAGAGCGCCAUAAUCGAAGCGACUUCUACGACUGCUCUUUCAGAAGACUCGCGUGGUUUGCGGUAUAUAUGCGUAGGUCAGUGGAUUAGUACAAAGGAAGAAUUACUGUCUGUAAUGUAUUCGAUCUAAAUAUAUUUAUAUACUUAU